AUGACUGAUAUUCUUAAAGGUGAAUGAACAUCUGAAGACUUCAAAGAAGCUAGAGAAGAAGACCGAGCUCUAAUCAGAAUUCAAAACAGCGCAGUAAGAGCUGAGCACUUAUGCAAAAUCAAAUUAAAAACGCCUACAUUAUUAAACAUCACAAUUGAAAGUGAGGGGCGAGCGACCGUGUAUUCAAUUGAUAUUCUUCCUAGGGAUUUAUUAGUACCGAUUUAUAAAAAUGCUUCCCUUUUUUGGCUGAAAUUAUUCUUACUCCCCCCCCAUCCUUGAUCGAACGAUUGACUGUAAAAAUUCCUAAAAAUUGGGAAAAUUAACCCCCAUCCCUUGAUCGAACGAUUUUCAUAUCAUGCAAAAUUUUAUAUAUAUAAAAAUAUAUUAGUUAUCAAAAGCUUGGGAAGAUGUGCAUAAUGAAGUUGUUUUCAGAGACUUUGAGACGACAGAAAGCUUCAGAAUCAACCAUUCGAAGUGAUUUAGUCAUCAAUCAAGGCUUAAAAAACUCAAUAAUCUAAUAAAAUAGAGAUUUUUUAAAAUUUUAAAAAAAAAAUUUAAUUUAAUAAGAAACAAAUUAAAAUUUAUACAGUUUAAAGGGGUACUAAUAAAUCAAAAUAUUAAAAAUUGGUAUUUUUAUGAGAUUAAUUCAAUUUUUUGCUGUAAAAAUAAUUAUUAAAUACUCUUAACACUCUUAUUUAAAAGUAAAUAAAACAAAAUAUAUAUAUUUUUUAUUUUAUAUAUAAAAUUUUUUUUUAACCCCCAUCCUUGAUCGAACGACGGCGAGUCGUUCGAUCAAGGAUGGGGGGCGGAGUUAGGGAAAGCUUUAAAAGGAGAUUUCGAUUUAAAAUUGAAUUUUAUCACCAUGGAUGAGCUUCGAGUAAACUCAAUCUUUUUAAUGGAGCCUAUGAAUACACCUCGUUCAGUGCGUGAAGAUGAGGCUGCAGCUGUUUUAAUUGAGACUAAUUAUGAACUUGAUGGAAAAGAGUGCACAAUAGCUUUACAAAUUCCUAGAAUCCUACAAGAAGGCUGGGGAGAAGUUUCAGCACCAGAAGAAAUAGAAGAUUGGAGAGAGCCUACUGAUUUAUACCAAAAAAAUCAGCAUUUACAAGAAAUGGUGGCUUAUUUAGAAACAGAAAACCAGAGAAAUUUAAAAUUGGCACAAAAAUCGCAGCAAGAAAUUCUUAAUCUUAAAUAUGACCAAAUUUAG